GGUUCUAGGCAGCGUAGCAAAUGUGGAGCACCGGGCGGGCGAGGGAGACGAAGAAGCGAGCGGUCGAAUCCAAGCUCUCUUGCAAUCGCAGGGCGGCCAGAUCGCCGCCAUUGCAGUGCAAGGACUUUCCCUCAGGCGAUCCCUCUUCGUCGGCUUCUCAGCGCCCUGAUGAUUCUUCUUCCACCACGGCCCUCCACAGCGAGUGUGCUGUGGUUUGGAGCAAUGCGGCCUAUCGGUCCGAGACCAUUGGCAGUAGCUCUAGCUCCAGCGAGCGGCGGCCUGGAUUGAAGGGAUCAUGGAGCUCCGCAGCGAAGAAUUUCUCGUCCACUGGGAAGUUCGCUGUCAAUGUUGGCGUGAUCGGUGCUGCGUCUUUUGGGUUCUUAACUUCCACGAGGAAAGUUCUCAGCGAUGAUCCAGCUUUUAGAGAGGCUUGUUCUUUGGCCACGCCAGCUACAUUGCAACGUGGUGUGGAAAGAAGUCUCGAUGAAUGCUGGAUUCAUGGUCCGGAUCGUAACAUUGAAGGAGAGCUGCUAGAAACGAUCGUCCAGGCGGAGCUGGAAGAUGAGAACGAUCGUAGGCUCGAGGAAGAGCUGCAAAGUGGGAUCGCGGCGUUGUCAAAGAAGCUGGCCGACUUACAAUGCGAGCGUGAAGAGAAAAAGAUGGCACUAAGCGACCCUUUGUCGAAGAAAAGCUUUGCAGCAGAGAAUGUCUCCCGUAAGAAGCCAUCCAACGAAAAGAACUUUCAGCAACGAGUCAGGAUCUUGCAAAAGGAGAACGUAGGAGGGACGCGAUUGGCACGCUCCAAUCCGGAAAAAUCCAGAGACAACGUCCCGAGGGAGAAAAAGCUCGUGAAGUCGAGUGACAAUACUCGCCGUGGCGAUGAGAAGAAAGUCCCAACUAAGUCGAGACAAAAGGAAGGUGUGACUAAAACGCAAUUCAUAGGAGCGGAAAAACCUGUGCGCCUGGAAGAGCAACUAAAAACUUUGCGACUGUCACCACGCUUCUGGGGGAAAACUUUCGACUGGGCGAAAAGCUUAAGAUCCACCAAGGCUCCAGACAGGAAUGCUCCAUCGAAGAAACAAGCUACUGCGAGCAGGCCUGUUCUUGGCGAGAAGAACAGGCAAGUAAAAAUGGACGCGACCACCGGUAUCCGCAAGGGCCAGAUGAAAGAAAACAGGAACCCGCAAGCUCCGCAGGGACGAUGCGAGAAGGCACGGUCGAAGCCAGCGAAUUAUGCUUCUAAAACGGCCAAAGUUUCCAGGUCCGAGGAGGAAAGCUUCCCGGUUUUUACAGCUAAACUCCGCGACUAAUACGUGGUCCAAAGCCAGCGAGGAU